AUGGUUACUAUUCAGGAUUUAUGUGGUUCUAAAUGUAGUGAAGAAGAAUGGUCUGAAUAUUGCUGGAUGCCAGUAGUUCGCACUAAUGAAACUCCUAGCGAGUGGAAAGAACGAAUCUGGGUUCGCUUACAGUAUUUUAGAGAAAAUGAUCUUUUACCUUAUGAGAGUAAAGAUUAUUUUAAAGCGAGAAAAUUAAUACAAUUCCCAGAUGGUAACUCAUAUGCUCCUUGCAUAGGAAUUGUUAUUUGUUUAUCUUGUAACCAAUUAGUACAUACUGGAGAGUAUAUUAAAAGAAUGGAGAUACACUGGAAAUUUUCAUGUACCGGUAAUAAAUAUUGUAGAAUAAAUUAUGAGGAAUAUAUGAAAAUUAAACAAAAGCCUGAAUCUGAACGCAAUUUCGAUAACAUUGCAUUAAAUUAUUAUGAGCUGUGGAAAUGUAAUGCAAUCAGUAGAAUCGAACGUGCAAGGGAGGUUGGAAAAAAGAUCCGAGCAUGUACCAUCAUACAAAAAAAAUUUAUAGAAUAUUAUUAUCGCCCUGAUGGAGAUUGUGCUACAGAGUUGGCUAAUCAUUAUAAAAUAUUACGGAGCAUUCGAGAAGAAAUGCGUCAG